CCCGGGCAGCGCCUCCGCAGCAAUUGCGAGACAAUCCCGCCCUGGGGCUGCCCCGUCCCUGCCGGAGCGGGGACCCCCCCUUCCCGGAGCCGGUCCCUGCCUGCGCCGGGGAUGAGGAAGGACCCCGGGGUCCUCCCCAGCCCUGGUUGCCGCUGUGCGUCCAGGCGGCGCCAUGGCUGCGGCUGGGGGCGGCCGCGUGGCCGGGGAUGCAUCGCAGGACAAGUUACAUCCAAGAAACCUGAUUCCGGAGCUCUGUAAGCAGUUUUAUCAUUUAGGAUGGGUCACAGGAACUGGUGGAGGAAUCAGCUUGAAACAUGGAGAUGAAAUCUACAUUGCGCCAUCAGGAGUCCAAAAGGAAAGAAUUCAACCCGAAGAUAUGUUUGUUUGUGACAUAGAAGAACGGGACAUCAGCAGCCCUCCACCACACAAGAAACUAAAGAAAAGCCAAUGCACGCCUCUCUUUAUGAAUGCUUACACCAUGAGAGGAGCUGGAGCUGUGAUCCAUACUCAUUCAAAAGCUGCUGUCAUGGCUACCCUUCUCUAUCCAGGAAGUGAGUUUAGAAUUACCCAUCAGGAAAUGAUAAAAGGAAUCAAGAAAUGCACUUCAGGAGGGUAUUACAGAUAUGAUGAUAAGUUAGUGGUCCCCAUUGUUGAGAACACACCAGAGGAGAAGGAUCUCAAGGAACGAAUGGCACAUGCAAUGAAUGAAUACCCAGACUCUUGUGCUGUAUUGGUCAGACGUCAUGGAGUUUACGUAUGGGGAGAAACAUGGGAAAAAGCCAAAACCAUGUGCGAAUGUUAUGAUUACCUGUUUGAUAUCGCAGUACAGAUGAAGCAGCAUGGACUAGAUCCUGCAAAACAUCCAGCUGAAGAAAACGGGAUUGUAUAAACUACUACAACAGGAUCUGUACCCCCACCCACCCACCCAAAAUUGCAGUGCAAAAAGUGGAAAUGUAUUUGUCAACCUUUCAAGCAUUUAUAACUCAGCACCCUUCUACUGCAUCUAGUAGAGUCUGCUUUGUCUGUCAAAAGGUGAAUUAUAGCUUAAGUGUUUAAUAACAGCAAGUGGAGGAAAACAUAGCCCCCAAUCCUGCAAGCUGAUCUGUGCGAACAGACCCUUAUGACCAGGUCUGCAGGAUCAGGGCCAUGCAUAGCAAUUCUGCUUCAGGGCUGGGUUUUUUCCCUUCAGUAGCAAUUGUUGAAUGCCAUUUGAUUAAUUUCAAUGGGCAUGGUGGGUCACUUGUGUACCUUAGACAGAAAAACAACAGUGGAUUUGGCUCCCUGUUGCCAAAGAAUCAGUGUUUAAUAGUAGCUGAAACUGUCUUAAAAUUAAAUGUCUUAUAAAAUGUAACUAUCAGAUUGUCAUUUUUGUAGCUGUUUAAAUAUAUAAACACAUUAAAUCAGUCUCUGAAUGUUUUAAGCAGAAUAAAGGAAUUCAGAGCAGAAACCUUAACUCCACCUCAGUGUGCCUGACUUUGAUAGAGCAGCAUAUAAUACACAUAGGCUAACCGUACACAGUCAGUUGUGCCUCCUAUCUCUCUCUCAGGAAUCAGGGCCUGCAGCAGAGCUAGUCUGGAGGGGCCAGCAGGCUGGCUCUUAAGCCAGCAGCAGCUUACUGGCUGUUCAAUGCUCAUUCCCACUGUUGUGCCUGCUCUUAUGUUACUGCCUUGCACCCAGCCUUGUCUCUGUCUUACCCCUGCCUUGAACCUGCUUGCCUGCUACCCUGUUUGCUCCAGUUCUUGACCUCUGGCUUGAUCUUUGGCUCCGGCUUCUAACUCCUGGCUUGACCAUCAGCUCUGGUAUUUAGCUCCUGACCCGUGGCUCUGGCUUCUGAUUACUGACUCUGGCUUGACCCGUGGCUAUGGUAUCCAGUUCCUGCCCUCUGGCUUGAGCCUUAGCUCUGGUAUCUAGCUCCUGACCCUGGGCUCCAGCUUCUGAUUACUGACUUCAGCCUUGAUCCACAGGUUUGGGUGUUCCUAAUCCACCACGCAACUCUCAGAUUCUGCUGCACAUGGCCCAAGCCAGAAGGGGGCGUUAUUCCACUCAUUUGACAGCUGGAUUCUACUAGUUAUUCUUGACUGUGAGCUGGUUUGGAAGGAAAGGAGGGAGAGGUGUUUUUUUUUAAAAAAAAAUUGCUGUGGAUGAAUAUCUUCCAAAAAUCACUUUUGAUUUUCUCACUGCAAUUCUAAGUUUCUGAAAUGCUACACCUGCCAAUGGAAAAAAAAAAUUAAACUACUUUUUUUGCUCUUACAACUUUCUCUUUAUAACGUCACAAUCAUGUAAUUUUUUUUUAUUAUUAUUUUGUAGAGUGGUGGGUUUGGUGUGGAAAACCUUAGGUGGUGCUGCAAAUAAGUAUUGAGCACAAAUACACACUGAUAAAUUAUAGUAAAAGAUUGUAACUUUUUAAUUUUCUUCUGCAACUUCUCUCUGUAUUGAAAUGAUUUUUAUUUAUUAAUUAUUAUUUUUGCCAUCAUAAUUGCCUGCACUUGCUCUCUCAAAAGAGGGUUUUGGUUUGGUCAGACUUGGACAUUUAUUUUUGAAAGUCAAUAAAAAGGGUAAUGAAGAUGUAGAGAUGAUGUGGGCAACAGUUCAGUCUCUAUCUUCUGUUAAGUAUAUACUGGAAAAAGAUACUAGGCACCAUUAUUGAUGAAGGAUUAAUAUAUUUUAAUUGUGAUGUCUCUUUUAUAUUGUGGGAUACUGCAUUUUUUCUAGAUCUGCUUCUAAAUAUUUAGCUGUGUGCUGGAUUGUGGAUCAUAAUUUCUGCAGGACUAAUGACCCAUGGUGGUUCUGUUAAUAGUUGUCUGUUGCCGCCCAAGUAGAAAAUUUCAUUAUCAGUUGACAAAAUCUACACCACUGGGCUUGAUACUUUUUUUUUAAAAAUUGCAGAAUUCAAAAAUUCGAUAUGAAGCCCGAAGCACCAGUUGAACUAUUAAUUUGUUCCUAAGUGGUGUUAAUCUUUUUUUUUUUUUUUUUUAUCAAGCCUAUAACUGAUCACCUUGGAAUCCUCUGCUAACUUAGAUUCUCUUAUGAACUAAGAAAAAGCUAACAAUUCUAUAGUUUGCCUGUGUGAAUGAAUUACUACAAGACUGAUAUUCUGUCUUAAGUUUUCCUUCACAAAGGAAUUCACUUUCAAUAAGAUCUUGUUAAAGACCAUUAGAAUUUUAAAACAGCUUGAUAAAUGUCCUUAUGACCAUAGUUAACCAUGGUAAAAUUUCAUCAAAUGUCAUGAUUCAGGAUAUAUACAAUGCCAUGAGGGUCAAAAAGUACAUUAUUCACUGAAAUACAGUAUUCCAUAAUAGUGCAUUUUAGUAUCUUCUUCCACUAUAUUGGGGAAUGGCCAGUGUUGGAAGCAAGGAAUCAGUUUGGAUGGGCUAAUGGUCUGAUCAGAUAGAGUAAUUAUGUUUCUAUGAAUACCUCUUUAAAUCAAGAGCUACAGUAUAUAGAAAUAAAUUUUACUUUGUUCUAUGAAAAAGAUCAGUUGACUCUUUAUUUUAUUUUUAUGUAUGCCAUAAUGUCGACAGUCAGACUUGCCUUUUAGGGUGAGGAGAAAUUCUCUCUCUUUUUUGUCUCUUGUGACGUUCUGCAGUUGUUCUCCCAGGCCUACUUAGAAACAAAUUGUGGUGAGCUGAACUUGUCCUACAAAUAUGAUGUUCUGUCUUGAUCAACAUUGGACUUUGUGAUGUGACCAAAGGUCUGCAAAUAGGCAUGUUUAGUUAGGAAUGACUUAAUUGCAGGGAACAUACCCACUAUACAUUUUGUAGGAAAAUAUACUGUUCCCUCCUUGGAAGAAUUGAAGUACUUUCAACAGGAAGUAGUUAAUCUUUCAUCCCUUCAAAUUCUCCUAUCUUGCCCCUCCUUGAAUAAGUUCCUUGAAAGAACUGCAGCCCUGGUGAAUGUUUAGAUGGACCCCGUCUGUCUCUGCAAGAUGGAGUCUAAAGCCAUGUCUAAACUACCACUUAUGUCGGCAAAACUUACGUCACUCAGGGGUGUUAAAAAAUACCCUCGAGCAACAUAAGUUUUGCCUGCAUAAGUGGCAGUGUGCACAGUGCUAUGUUGGCAAGAGAGCUUCUCUCGCUGUCAUAAUUACUGUCACUCAUUGAGGUGGUUUUAUUGUGUUGACGGGAGAGCUCUCUCCUGUUGAUACAGAGCGGCUGCACUAUAAGCUUGGUAGUGUAGAAAUGGCCUAAAGUGACCUCACACAAACUUCUACAGCAAAAUUCACUGAGGAAAGCCUCAGUUUUGUCUUUCAUUUCCCGCUUUCUACAAGUGACCAAAUUUGUCUGUUCUUGGAUACCUUACACUAUUUAGGAAAAACAGCUAUUGCACCGAGUCUGAGUGAUCGCAGGUUGUUAAUUAUUUCUGUUUCCCCUAUAAUUCACCCUCUACUUUAAGAAAACUUCUGCUGGUAAUGAAGUUCCCUUUCCCUGCUUCAUUUAAUCAAAGUGCCACUUUUCUUUUUCAUUGAUGAUGGAUUUCAUAUUUUCUCCCCAAAUAUGACUGAAAAGCUAAUGAGCUAUUUCCUGCUUGACUUCUUCUAUUGUUUUUGGACCCCUAUUUCCUUUUCAGUUACUUGUCUUUUUGUGGCUUAGACUUCAUUAUUUCUGUUAUUUCACAUAUAUGCCCAUGUUGUAUUAGCAUAUCUACUGAACUUCAUGUAGCAUCUGUAUUUUCUUGGCUAAUUUUUUUCAUCACUAGAUGUAUUUCUCAGUACCAGACAUUUGGGUUUGGUGGUGAGCAUUCACUGCAGUCAGAGUGAUGAUCUGUGGGUUGCAGCAGGGACUGACAAUAAGAACUCUUGUGUCCUUCUGACUCACUGUGUGAUUUUUGGCCUGUCAUGUAAUCUUUCUGCUCUAAUCAUGCUCUGCUCCUGUUGUAGAGCUAAUUAAUGGGUGUAAAGAGUGUCAAGAUGCUAUAUAUGUGAAAGACAUUAAGCAGCUUCUGUCUUCCUUAGUGCUGUUAUCACCCUCAGAGAUAUGCUAGCAAACAGAUUCAUUGCUGAUGUUUCAAUCCAACUACAGGUAGUUUCUGUUUAAAAUCUGAUAGCUGAUGGUGACCUCUGAUACCAUCUCUAAACUGCACCAUCUCUUCAAAAGUUAAUUCCUGUUAGUAUUGAGUUAAUUAAAAAAGGUUUUCAAGCCUAACAUUUACAAUCAUAGUGGAACAUAGUUAUAUUAUUGUACAGUACUGAUGUUUAAAACAAAUACAAAAAAGCUUCACCAGCUUCUUGUUAUAUUGCUCCAUUAGUACUGCAGUGACUGACCAGACUAGAGGGUACAAGGACAAGCAUUUUUCUUGCUAUCUUUGUUCUUCAAGAUUUGUAUGUUAAUAACCAAUAAAUAUUUGAUCUGC